CAGGCCCCCGCGUGGACACGCGCGUUGUUGACUGUCGGACUCUCGCUGGCCCUAAUCAGGCGACGCCGCCGCCCCUCGCGCCGCCGCUUUAUAUUGCGCGCCCCGGGCGGAACUGGGCACACAACGGCCCAGACCUUUCCGCCAAUUCAGAGCUCGCUCUGCUCCACAUCCUCUCCGACAUGCCCGCGCUCGUUAUUCAAAGAAGGAACGAAGGCAGAAUGAAUAAGCUGUGUCGUCAAGUGAGCAUUGAGAGCCCCGGCCCCACCAUCAAGGACUGUGUAUUCAGUUUUGAAGUCCCUGUACCUGACGUGCCUCCUGAUGGCGCGAGAAUUCGCGUUGUGUGUGCUGGGGCUUGUUACCGACUUCGCCGAUCACCAUCAGUGUCAAGCCUUUCCAGUCAAUCAAGCGUGACCAGCGAAUAUUCUCAAGAAAUUUGUGCUCAUGCGAACAUUCAGUCUCAAAGUCCAGCUCACCAUGGGGUGCGAGAUGGAGCGUUAUUUCCUGGUUAUGAAGUUGCAGGAAUUGUGGAAUCAUUGGGAACCGAUGUUAAAGAGAAUGAAAACAUCAAAGAAGGAGAUCGUGUUGUACUGUACCCAUAUGAAGGUGUUCCUCAUGGAUAUGCCGAAUUCAUCAUUGUUCCAGAUCUGCAAUAUUUAGUGAAAAUUCCAGAGAGCAUUCCACUCAGUAUCGCGGCCAUGUUACCAACUGGUGCACUCUUGGCUAUGAAUACAGUUUUCUCCACACACCAACAUGUAGAAAACAUUCUAAAAACAAAAGGAGAAAAUGAAACCUGUAAAAUCCUCAUUGUGGGAACUGGAGGUCUUGCUCUGUGGGCUCUCAGAAUUGCUGCUCACAAUUUCAGUGGAUUGAGAGACCGAGUGUCUAUCACAGUUGCAUCUUUGAAAGAUGAAGGAUUCCUUCUUGCACAAGAGUGUGCCAGAGUUAAUGUUGUUCAAUGGAAUGAAGACCUUUAUGAGAAACAAUUGAUAGAAAGAACAAAAGAUGCGUGUUCUGGAGAGGUUGAUGUUGUAAUUGACUUCGGAACUACAUCAAGAAGUCUUCAUCGUUCUCUUCAGUGUUUAAGCAAGGGAGGUGUAGUCUUCAUCAGCUCAGAAGUUGCAGAGAAACUGCUCCCCAAAUUCAGCCGGAGAGCAGAAGAAAGGCAACAAAUGAUAAAGCCUGUGGAUAUGGGAUCUAUAGAUCAGCUGAAAGAAUUAGUUCAACUUGUAGCAAAGAAAGAGAUUGAACCUCCUCCUCACACUGUGUUUCCUGCAGAGGAAGCUAGUGAAGUCAUUCGAAGACUCUGUCAGUCAGAUAUUCAAGGCAGGGCUAUUCUUCGAUUCCAGGCUGUAGACUAGUGGUCUGUCUAUUACACUCUUUAAAUACUUCUAAUUUCAUAAGAAAAGUAUAUGUUGUUAGACUCAUGAAAGUGAACUCACUGUUACUGAACAAUGUGUAAUUAAUCUCAAUGUGAAUUUCAAUAAUGGAGUACUAGAAUAAGCAAACUCAUUUAUGAAUCAUAACUGUUGUGACAUAAAUGGAUGCUUUUUAAAAUCAAUGGUGCAAAGUAUAGCAGAAUUUCUGCAUAUAUUAGUUCCAGAACAUGAAUAUCAAAGGUGCAAAAACUAGCACUUCAUAAUGUUGUAAUAUAUUUUAAGAUGAAAAUGUGUAGAAUAUUAUUAUGUGUAGUAUUAUGAGACUAAUAGUGGAUAUAAGGAAGAAAGCAAGUUUAAACAUUGUUUAUUCAGAGAUGUUAAUUUCUUGAAAUGAAAAUGUAUUUUCUAUAAACAUCAUUAUCUAAAAACGACAAAUGACUAUUUUUAAAUUUUAAGAGAAGAACACUGGUUGAAAUUUUCUGUCAAAUAUAACAAUUUAACAUUUAUUAAAUAUUAUUGGUGAACCAUGGCAUCAGAAAAGUGUAUCACAAAGUUACAAGAAGUACUAACAUUAUACUAGACCAUAUGCAUAUUUUGUAUAUUUUAAUUUGUUGUCUGAGAAAUACAUGAGAAAUGUCCAAGUUUAAAAUAGUUGUAGGUACAAAUAAAAUUUUAAAAUUUUCAGUUUAAUAAUGGUAUUUGGAAGACAAACUUCAGUUUCUAAAAUUUUAAUAAAAACACUUCUGCACGAGUAGAGCCUUAAGAAAGAAAAUGGGUAGAAUGUCAUGCACAAAUUAUUUUUGCAAAAACAAGGAAUGUAGAAUUUUCUAUACAAAAAAUCUCUAAAAAGUCAUUAUAGAUUAAUGUAGGUAAGCUAAGUAUCUUUAUAGAAGACUGAGUUAUAUUGUAGAAGAAAUGUCUCAAUUCAUGUAUGUACUUGUAUUGUCAACAUAUUCAAUGCAAAUCUCAUAAUAAAACCAGAUGUUUAUAAA